AUGAGAGCACGCAAUCCUAGUCGCACUGCUGAUGCCCAAGCAUGUAGCGAUCACCUCCAAUGGAGACCGCGAGAGGGGCCCUUCAUUUCGUUCUUUACUAGCUGGAACGCAGCUCUACAGAGACAGCAGUUGGUGCUAAGGAGGAGGGCCGAAGAAGUUGUUAUUGUUGCCGUUUGGUUGAAAGGGUUGCCUGUGGUCUACGAUGCUUUGCAGAUUGCUGAACGUUUAGGCCUUGGUAACCUUGAUAGGUCUCAAAACGAAGUGUUGGUUUACGGAGAAAUAUCCGCCGACAGCUACAGGAUUUUGGCUAUUUGUAAUGGCAAUGGGAACAUCAAGGAAGCUGCACUCCAUCUCGAUGGGUUGAAUACCGAUGUCCGCAUACCAGGGGAGUUUAUUGAUGGGGUCAGCAUCAAGAGGAGUAUUGAUGGGAAGCCCGAUGUAACUGAACUGCUUCGAGACGAGCUAUACACCCGCACCGGAACGAGGGACGAUGCCAAGUUCAUUCCGUUGGUGUUGUCCAUGGCGGAUCUCACGUACUUUAGGGAAGUUGAUAAUGCUGGCCCAAUGAUUCUUUGGUCUUUUGGGGGCAGAGGCUGGCGUUUUCCAAGGCUAAAUGCUGCGUAA